ACCACUUUCUUCGGCAAUUGGUUGAAGACUGGGCAAAAUGCACUUUAUCCGGUGACCCUGCCACGACACCCUUAAAGGGGAAUUCCGUCCGACAGGCCGCUAGAUAUAUAAGAUUCUAUUAUUCACCCUGACCUAUCCAUACUGCCCCUUCCGAUCAACAGUUCAGCUCAAUCUUAUCUUGUGUAGACCAGUUUCAGCUGCUUCUCCUCCAUCAACAUGCAGUGGAAGGCCCUCUUCCUAGCCGCUGCGGCGAUCCCGCAGCAAGUCUCUGCCCAGUAUGCCACAGCGGCGAUGAUGCGUUUCCAAUGCUCCAGACUAGUUGUUGAGCGUGUAGACCCCCUCGUGUCUCCGGGUCUUAUCCAAUCACCCCACAUCCACCAAAUUGUCGGCGGAAACUCCUUCAACGCGACUAUGGAGCCCGCGGCAUAUGAUCUCCCCUCAGAAUCGACUUGCACAACAUGCUCGUUCAGCGAGGACUUCUCCAACUACUGGACAGCCAACCUGUACUUCAAAGCCCGCAAUGGGACUUACAAGCGUGUGAAGCAGAUGGUAAACCUUGGCCUUCAAGGCGAGGAAGGAAUGACCGUCUACUAUAUCCCGCCUUAUGACGGCCGUACCAAGGUCACCGCCUUCAAGCCAGGCUUCCGAAUGCUCGUCGGCGAGGCCAUGUUGCGGACAUCCCAAGGCCAACAGAAGCAGCUCUGCCACCGCUGCUACACCAACGUCAACCAGACGCCAUUCGGCGGUGCUCCCUGCGCCGACGGCCAAAUGGACACUUCUGCGUUACCAAACAAGCAAUGUGCCGGAGGUAUCCGUGCUACCAUUACUUUCCCAACCUGCUGGGACGGCAAGAGCCUCGACAGCCCCGACCACAAGAGCCACGUAGCAUACCCAUCGAGCGGAAGUUUCGAGAUGUCUAGCGCUUGCCCGACGACGCACCCCGUACGCUUGCCGCAAGUGAUGUACGAAAUCAUGUGGGACACUCGCGAGUUCAACGACCCGUCGAUCUGGCCUGCCGAUGGUAGCCAGCCCUUCGUGUACAGCAUGAACGACCAAACUGGCUACGGCUGGCACGGCGACUACAUGUUCGGUUGGAAGGGGGACACCCUACAGCGCGCAUUGGAUGCUCGCUGCACUAACGACAAGUGCUCCCAGCUGCAGACCCAGACUCCGGCCCAGGCCACGGCCUGCAAGAAGGAGCAGACCAUCAAGGAAGAUGUCGACGGAUGGCUGACUGAGCUGCCGAGCGUAACUAUGUGAGAAAUAGCAGCGCGUGUUGUUUAGAGGAUUCCCCUGUUUGAAGCUUUGGAGAUGAGAUACCACUAUAGUGUACCGGGGUUGAAGAUAAAUUGAUUAUCCAUUAGAUUCCUGUCUUAGCAGUUAGUAGCUAAUUGACCUUUCUGCUAAUGAAUAAUUUCACUGCCCAACACAUAUUUUCGUCAUGAUUAAUGCCACUAGAUUGUUUGAAUGAACAGUUAGCCAUAA